GCUCCGGGCGCUAUAAGGGGCGGUGACCGCGGCGCGCCCUGCGCGGAGCCGGGAGCGCGAUGGUUAGCCGCCGCGGAGCGGCAAGAUGCUGGAUGGGCCCCUGCUGGCGCGCUGGCUGGCCGCGGCCUUCGGGCUGACGCUGCUGCUCGCCACGCUGCGCCCUUCAGCCGCCUACUUCGGGCUGACUGGCAGUGAACCUCUGACCAUCCUCCCGCUCACCCUGGAGCCCGAGGCAGCCGCCCAGGCACACUACAAGGCCUGUGACCGGCUGAAGCUGGAGCGGAAGCAGCGGCGCAUGUGCCGCAGGGACCCAGGCGUGGCUGAGACACUGGUGGAGGCAGUCAGUAUGAGCGCACUCGAGUGCCAGUUCCAAUUCCGUUUUGAGCGCUGGAACUGCACGUUGGAGGGCCGCUACCGGGCCAGCCUGCUCAAGCGAGGCUUCAAGGAGACUGCCUUCCUCUACGCCAUCUCUUCGGCUGGCCUGACGCAUGCGCUGGCCAAGGCGUGCAGCGCCGGGCGCAUGGAGCGCUGCACGUGUGAUGAGGCUCCCGACCUAGAGAACCGUGAGGCCUGGCAGUGGGGAGGCUGCGGGGACAACCUCAAGUACAGUAGCAAGUUUGUCAAGGAGUUCCUGGGCAGGCGGUCGAGCAAGGACUUGCGAGCUCGUGUGGACUUCCACAACAACCUCGUGGGCGUAAAGGUGAUCAAAGCUGGUGUUGAGACCACCUGCAAGUGCCACGGUGUAUCAGGCUCAUGCACAGUGCGGACCUGCUGGCGGCAACUGGCGCCCUUCCACGAGGUGGGCAAACACCUGAAGCACAAGUAUGAGACGGCACUCAAAGUGGGCAGCACCACCAACGAGGCCACUGGUGAGGCAGGCGCCAUCUCCCCGCCAAGGGGCCGGGCCUCGGGGGUGGGCAGCAGUGACCCUCUGCCCCGCACCCCAGAGCUCGUGCAUCUAGAUGACUCACCCAGCUUUUGCUUGGCUGGCCGCUUCUCCCCGGGCACUGCCGGCCGCAGGUGCCACCGUGAGAAGAACUGUGAGAGCAUAUGUUGUGGCCGUGGCCACAACACACAAAGCCGGGUAGUCACAAGGCCCUGCCAGUGCCAGGUGCGCUGGUGCUGUUAUGUGGAGUGCAGGCAAUGCACACAGCGUGAGGAGGUCUACACCUGCAAGGGCUGAG